AUCUGUAUUCAAAUAUUAUAUAAUAAUAUAUCUCUAAACUGCAGGAUACAUGAAGCAAUUCAAAAAAAGAAAGUUAAUGAAAUGGACAGCAUUUUGUUGGAUCUAGAUCACAGAUAUGUAUGUAUAACAACAUUUAAUUAAUUUCCAUUUUCAAAUGUUUCAUUGCUGAUUCUUUAUGUUGCUACCAAAGAGACAUAUUUUGGGUGAUCAUUUUUUAUUUCUACAGGAAUAUACCCCCAUUCCUUUCAAAUUAUUCCCCCAGUCAAAUCAGCAUUUUGUGGUUAACCCAAUCUAUUAAACUCCCUCACUCUUGGAACUGUAGAACUGCCAUGUAUUUAAUCUUUAUUCAAAGGUAUAAAUUCAACAUUUCGGGGAGUUUUACUGCUCAUUUGCAGUCUUUUUAAUACUAAUUUAAAUAAAAAAUGCGGAAAAAGUUGAACUUUUUGGAAGAACAAGUAAAAUAACUUGUUUUCCAGUUUUCAAAAUUACCUUUAGGUUUUAAAAAUUAAAUCUCAAUUCUAAAUUUCUUUCAGGCACAAUUCAAUGAUGAAGGUCGUUUUAUCCACUAUAAUAUGUUCAACCAUCAUUUUUUUGAGGAGGAUUUGGCCAAGCCACUUCUUCAAAACUUCUUUGAAAAUUCCAAACUAAACUCACUAUUGGUUGUAUUGGAUCCACCAUUUGGUGGACUGGUUGAAGUUUUGGCUGCAAGUGUCAGGAAAAUAUGGAAACUUGCUGAUUGUAAUAAGGACUAUAAAGGUAAAAUAAAAAGUAUCUAAUAUGUUUUGCACAAAUGAUUUUCUCAUUUGGUAAGACAAGUGCAGCUCUAGCCAGAGUUUUUCAAAUCGAGUUAAAUUCCUGAUUUUUUGACAAAAUUUGGGGUUGAAGUUUUGAAAUAGUUUUGAACUUGUAGUAGACCAGUUGAGUUGAUUGCAGAAAUUUGUCAGUCGAAAAUGUAUAUGCAGUUUACAAGUAACAACAUAAAAAAAUAUGCCUGCAUGGCUAUAUGGUGGGAAUUGAACCUUACAACCUUUGGAAUAUUUAGCAGCUACUUGCAGCUCUGCCAACUGAGCUACGUGGUCAGGUAGAAUUGUAGACUGUUCUUUUUGCUAUUUGCUAAAUCUGAUAAAAAUAAUUCUACCUCUGAGCGGUCAAAAUAAUUCUACCUCUGAGCAGUCAAAAUAAUUCUACCUCUGGAGACAUCGUAUGAAACAUUAAGCCUAUAAGUUAAAUUAACCUAUAAUAACAUUGCAGAAUGCAGAUAAGAACUGUUAUAAAUUAGAUCAAUUUCAAGUUAGUUUUAAAAUAGUUUUGAACUUGCAGUUGACCAGUCCAGGUACGUACGUUGAUUGCGGUGACAUUGUUGUAAUUCACACCUGAAGAAUCUCAAUAAAUGUGUAAAAACUCUGAACUGCAUUCUAUAAUCAAAUUUUAUUUGUCUCUUGUAUGGUAUAGAUUCGGAGGGACCUUUAGAACUGCCAACGUUCUGGAUUUUUCCAUAUUUUAUGGAAAGUCAUAUUGUGGAAGAAAUGCCAUCGUUUAACAUGUGUGAGCUGAAGGUAUGGGGUGGAGUAUAUUUAUUCUUGAACGAUCUAUGACAGUAAUACAUAGUAAUAGCCACGCACUAACAUCACUUUUGAGACAAAUGGCCUUUGGGAGGCUUCGCUCGAAACGUCGAAGUUCUCCUUGUACGAAAUGCAGUACUUGUCACAUAUACUGGAUUUAACUCGACCUGAUCAAAUUUAUAUACAUUCAUUCAUUCAUUAGAGGUCCCUAGUAAUAAUCGACCCUGCGGGCCUCAGCAAUUCAACUACAGCACUCUAACCAACUUAGCUACAGAGUCCAGUAGACGAGCUCUAGUACAUAUAUUUUAUGACUCAAUGUUUUAAUUCUUUGUCUAGGUUAACUAUGACAAUCACCCGCUAUAUAAGAAACGACACAGUUCCAGCGCUAAAACAUCACCUGUCAGAAUAUUUACCAACGUUCCACUACGAGAUAUCGUUUUGCCUGAAGACGAAGGUUAUAGGUAAAGUUGCAUUAAAUAUGUUAUAUGUUUAGAUCAGGGGCAUGGCAAAUAACGGUCAAGGGGAGGGGUGUGCCCUCUAUGGGUGUGCCAUAUGAGGGUGACCAUUUUUUUUCAUAUUGUUUUUUUAAUCCUAAUGUAUAUAGAUACUGUGAAAAAUGCGAACGUUAUGUGAGUGAGAGCAAUGUACACUGCGAGCUGUGCAACGAUUGUACUUCAAAGGUAAUGAUUAGUUUAAAGAAUCUGAUGCUGUAAACUCCGUAACGUUUACAAUAGUGCUGCAGCUGUAAAAUAUUAGAUAUGUAUUAUACUGAAUUUGUAAAUGAAUACACACUAUAGGAUUCAAUUCAAGAAAGUUCGGAAGUUGCGAAAUAUUAAUAACAUUCCAAUGGUUGGGUCCCGACCAUUGGAAUGUAGGCUUACAUGUAAACACACUUCACAGUAACUUUGAUCUAUAUGGACCGCUCUGAGGUGAACGGAAAGUAUUGACAAAAAUCUAGAGCUGAGGGUUAGUUGUAUGCUGAAUGCCCAAAGGCUGCGAGUGUGGCGGCUUCUCUUGUGUGUGGAUAAAGUUGUUGUAAGGAUUUAACUUUUCAAACCUUGAGGAAAAUACCUGUUUAGCUGUAUUAUUGCUAAACAUGCCGUUUUUGAGAAUUUGAUUUUCAACUAGGUUGAGGCAUCCAACCACGCCAUCAGUCCCAGUAAAAACAUUAGGUCACGUCAGCUAGUUUCCUAUCCAUUUAUUUUAUUAUCCAUGAUUUCACAUCGCGAAGAAAAGAUCUCAACGUCUGUAGAUGCUUAGCUGCUUAAAUUAACUGACCAAUGAAAACACAUGGUUUCAUCACGUGAAUUUAGUCAAAAUGACAAGAAUUUCUGCAAAGUGCAGGGCGUGUACCAGGGUUGCCAGAUUGCUGAGCAAAUAAGCCAAACAUUGUUAUAAACGGCUCUUUGAUGUCUUUGUUUUGAACAAAGAAAACAAAAAGUUAGGCUAAUAAUAUUUGCCUUAUUUAUUCAGCAGUCUGUGAACACUGGCCGGACGUCAUCGCCACACUGGAUCUAACAAAGGGCCGUGAAUAAAUUUGUUCAGAGAUCCCGUUCGUUGCUCUUAAUCAGGAUAGCGACUAAGUUGAUUAAUAUUUUACAUUACAGGAUGGUCGCAUUUGGUUACAUUGUAGUUUGUGUAACAAAUGCGUGAAAAAAGGUACAGUAACAAUUAUUCACCUUAUGCAUAAUGACGUCACAAGGGUUGAUGCCCACGAGGAAUGCUGAUCUUGGUAGUCAUCGCCUGAGAAUGUCCUGAAUUCUCGCCUGUCUGAGAAGUAUCCAGAGCAAUUCACGAUAACAAAAUAAUAACUUUAAACUAGAAGUUACUAUCGCAAGGAAAGUGCUGUCUCACCACCAAGGGAUCAAAGGC